AUGAAGGCCAAAGACAGAAGAAACCGAACGAAGAUGAAGAGCGUAGACAGUAUUACAAAGAUCAAGGAGUCCAAGGCCAUAUACUCACUGCGCCAUGGGCCAUAUAUGGUGGUGUCCAUUGUCUCACUAGGAAGAGACUGUGGGAAUUAUUUUGACAAAUACUUGCAUGGAGAAGGAGGACUGUUUUUCUCAGAGGAGCAUAAAAUGAACUUCCUAUUCAAGCAGACGGACGAACUUAACGGGCUUCAGCUAGGAUAUGUAUGCAGGGCAAGUGAUGUGGUGGUGUUUUUUAUUGAUUCUGAUGAAGUGGAUGAUGAUAAGCUCAAGAUAAUCAAGAAAUUUGUUCCGAGUUGCAUAUUUUGCAUAGCUAAUCAAGGUCUCAAAGACGUGGCUAAGAGGCUUACAAAGAAGCAUUUUCCAAAAGAAAGGAUAGUUGAGAUAGAAGGGCUGAUUGGGGCUUUGAGCAAUGUGAGAGUUAAAAACACAUCUGUUUGUAGAAGGCCGUACAUUGUACCAAGCAACGUUUAUUGUGAUGGAGAAUAUUUUUAUGUUGAGGGAUUUCUAAAGCGUGGAUUUCUUAGUGACAAGGUGAUUGUCAAUGGGAGAUAUGAGAUGUCUAUUGAGGAGGUAGUUGGGGAUAAGAUAUAUAAAGGGUGUGAUUUACGUGUAAGCAUCGACAUUGGGGGAACUCUCAACACAGAUAUAGAGAAGCCAGAAGAGGAAUGUGACUCGGAAUCCUUAAUGUCUGCUUGCAGUGAUCAUGAUAUGAAAGAAAAUGAUUCCGACGAUGAGUAUUCUAUCGAAGAUGAAUCUUCUGCCGAAGAUCGCCCAUCGCUUAUAGACAAGUAUUCUGAAUAUAGAGGAAUAAGGAACUUAUCUACGUGCAGCUUCAGAUCAUGCAGUUUUCCAGAGCACUACAAAGGACUUGUAUUUUUUGAUGAUUUCAAAAGAGCCGAGAAGCUCAUUGCUGGGCAGGACAGUAUAAUUCCUAGUAAUCAGAUGGUGAAGAUAAAGCUCAGAUAUGAAGGGCUUCUUGAAGAACGAAUAUGUGUGCUGUUUGGAUGUUAUGAAUAUGAAGACCAGAAGACAAUACACAAUUUCCACUUUGAGGGACAAGAGCCAUUAAAGGAAGAGAGCAUGGUGGUUGAUCUGGGGCACAAGAUUGUUAAUAUAAGGCCAAUGAUCACUCGUAACCUAAACCACAAGGUUUUUAAGAGGCAAGAGGAGCUUGAAUCUGGGGUUAUAAGCUUUAUCGGGCCGGUUACUUUUGGGCUAUCUAGAGUUCUUAUAUAUAGAAAAUCUAUACUAGGAGAGCUAUGUGCAUCGACACUUGUUUCGGUCGGGAUGAACGGAUUUAUGGGGGACAGGAUUAUCUUUGAGGAAGCGGUGUUCCAAGGGAUACCGUUCAGAAACAAGAAGAGAUAUAGCCUUGUCAAACGCAUGUUCAACAGCAAAGAAGAGGUUAUGUACUUCCGAAAUAUCCAGUUGUACAUGCGGAAUAAAAAGAUCACCGGGUUUAUUAAGAAGCCUAUAGGUACGAAGGGAACGUUCAAAGGAUAUUUUACCCAGCCUAUAAAGUCUGGAGAUAAGGUUAUGAUGUCUUUAUACAAGAGGGUUUUCCUGGAAGAUCAAUAA